AUGCCAGGACUGGUGACCGAGAUACUGGCAGACUAUGGAACAAUUCCACAGAAGAUAAGCCUUUUCUUAAAGAAAAGAAAUGGAAGCACGGUAGACCAAAUGCUUCAAAAUACAUCUCUGACACGUAUCCAGGUUGUGCAUGGCCUCUCUCUGAUGAUACAGCGUAGGCUUGUGAAAUACUUUCAGUAUGAGAAGAAAGUCUACUAUGUGUUAGAUGUAGAAAUGGUUUACAGGAGGACGUACUACGCAAUUUACUGCAGGCUUAUUGAGGGCUUGUUUGGAGAGAAUACAGCUGCUCUGUUUAUGAAGAUUCUGACGAACGGCUUUACCAAGCCUGAAGACGUUUCCUCAGAGGAAGAAAGAGAGGAACUUGUUAAUGCAGGCAUGGUGAUCUCUGUAGACAAAAGAGAAGCAAGCGUUUUGGUUACAAGCUCCGGAGGUUUGGCCGAGUAUAUGGCAAGGGCUAAGAUGGAAAGAGAAAUCGAUGGCAUGAGCAGAAAGAAUAGAAGGACCUCAGAAAAGUCCAGGUUCUAUGUUGUUGACUUUGGUGCUCUAGACGCUAAGCUGGUAGACAGUAGGCUUCUGACUCUUGUCAGGAAAAGAUACUCAUCAAAGGCAGAAAUGACCUACAGAUCGAUUCUUAGAUGUAACUUGGUGACAGUCGACACCAUAACUGAUAACCUCGAGGGGGAGACGAAUAUCAGCAGAGAAGAUGUUGCCUCACAUGUCAAAUACUUCAGCAACUGCGGAUUGCUCAGAAAGAGCCUAGACUGCACGGAGACCUACUUCAAGGACGGGGACGAUGUGAGAAGGGUGCUUGUGGUUGACUCCCUAGGCCGGAUUUUGUCUGAAAGCAGCAAGGAGGCACGGAGAAUUUUUAGUAUGAUCCUAGAGCACAGGACAUUAGAGGAUAAGGACAUUGUAACCAAAUCGUUGGUUCCCUCCUACACUGUCAAGAAAGCGUUGAUGAUGCUUCACUUGAAUGGGUUUGUAGUGUUAAAGCAUUCUGGACCUGGAGAGUCCAGACCAGUGCUUCAAUGGGAGGUAGAUAUUGAUCGUGCAUCACGGGUUGUCAGCGAAAAAAUCAAGAAAAUGCUGGAAAGGUCCUGGAGUUUGAUAAACCAGAGAUGGAGGCAUGUGAGAUCCAGCGAUGAUGUUGAGGACGAAGCGGAUAGGGAGCUUGAUUGUAUGCUUGGGCUAUCACUGGACCUUUUUGUUCUCGGGCCCGGCACAUAA